GCAGGCUCAGGUCUUCUGGUGAUGCUCAGCAUCAUCACAAUGGCAUUAUCACAACCCAGCUGCUUGCUGGGCUGCUCCUUUAUGGCUGCCAUGGCCACAGCCUGUCAUUUGGGAAACAGGGGUGAUGUUCCUUGCUUUGCCAGGACUUCAUUCCCUUUCCCUUUCUUGUCAUAAUUAUGCUGGAAGCUUGAGGACAUCCAAAAUUAGAGGCAGCACUAUGAAAAUCACCCUUUUCAGCUGAAGAGACCUGUGUCUAAACUGAGAGUGAGUUCUUGCUGUCACUGGUUUUCCUGGUGGAAGAUGUUAACAGCUGGAAAGCCUUUGAAGAGCCUCUUUCUUCUAAUUUUGUGGCUUGUUUUGUCCCCUGCAAUCAGCUGCAGACACCUAUGGCUGCGACUUUCAUUCUUUUUAGCCUUUCUGACCACUGCACAAGGAAACUUUCUGGAUCCCAGCCGGUCCUUCAGUGGGACAGAUUAGAAAACAAAACCACAAUUACUCUAAAAUCACUGCUUAUGUGUUGCUGCUGACUCACGAUGCCGCUACCAUUUUUCUUCUCCGCCAUCACCCAUUCUGGCUUCUGCUUUUUUUAUUUAUCUCUCUUUUUCUUUUCCUUCCCUUUCCUGUCUCAGGGUAUAGCUGAGUAGUUUCCCCUUUUUUCUCAAACCAGUUUUGUACCUGGAAUUAUCUUUUCUCUAGUCAGAAUGCAGAGGGAGGCUGCAUCAAAGACAGGUUUUCUCAGAGCCAGGACACAGGGGGAGAAUCAAGGAAUCUUUUGUGUCUGCAGAGGUGAAGACAGGACAACGCUGCUCACUGAUUCCUGUCACUGCUGACAUGCUGGAAGAGGAUAAUGAUGAGAUCUGUUGGAAUAACCUGGAGAACUUCCGUGUGAAGCUGAUCUCAGUGAUUGAGCCCUCCCGGAUCACGCCGUACCUGCGGCAGUGCAAAGUGCUCAGCCCUGAUGAUGAGGAGCAGGUGCUCAAUGACCCCAGCCUGGUCAUGCGCAAGCGGAAGGCAGGUGUUCUCCUGGACAUUCUUCAGCGAACAGGACACAAGGGCUUUGAGGCAUUUAUGGAGAGUCUUGAGCUUUAUUAUCCCCAGCUGUAUAAGAAAAUAACUGGCAAAGAGCCCAGCAGGGUUUUCUCCAUGAUUAUAGACACGGCUGGCGAGUCUGGCCUGAGCCAGGUGCUGAUGAACGAGAUCAUGAAGCUGCAGAGCGCGGUGCAGGAGGAGCGGCGCAAGGCGCAGGAGCUGGCGGUGUGGCUGCACUCCAAGGAGGACACGCUCAGGGAGAUGUGGGUCAGGGACAGCCUGCUCCGCAAGCACCAGGAGCGCGCCCAGAGGAUGAAGGAGGAGAGGGACAGCCUGAGCAAGGAGCUGCGCAAGUGCAAGGACGAGAACUACAGCCUGGCCCUGAGCUACGCCAAGCAGAGCGAGGAGAAGAGCGCGGCCCUCAUGAAGAACAGGGACCUGCUGCUAGAGAUCGAUCAGCUGAAGCACAGCCUCAUGAAGGCUGAGGAUGACUGCAAGCUGGAGAGGAAGCACACCAUGAAGCUGAAACACGCCAUAGAGCAGCGCCCCAGCCAUGAGGUGGUGUGGGAGAUCCAGCAGGAGAAGGAGCUGCUCUUGGCCAAGAACCAGGAGCUGGAAAACACUCUUCAGGUUGCCAGGGAGCAGAACUUGGAGAAGAGCCCCUCCAAGGAAACUCUGGAGAAUGACUGCAGCCAGACUGUGGAAGAACGCCGGGAGCUGAUGAACACCAUUUACAGCCUGCGCAAGGAGCUGCACCGAGCCAAGGUGCUCCAGGCCAAACAGUUUGCAGAGGAGAAAGAGGUGCUGGAGCUACAGUGCACAUCUCUGAGGAAGGACUCCCAGAUGUACAAAAAACGGAUUGAAGCUGUCCUGCAGCAGAUGGAGGAAGUGGCUUCGGAGAGAGACCAGGCUCUCCUGUCCCGAGAGCAGUUCCACAUGCAGUACUGCAAGAACCUUGUGGAGAGAGAUGCCUACCGCAAGCAGAUCCGGGAGCUGGGGGAGAGAUGUGACGAGAUGCAGCUGCAGCUCUUCCAGAAGGAGAGCCAGCUCCUGGCCACUGAGGCCAAGAUGAAAAGACUGCAGCUGGAGCUGCCCACUCUGACCUCUGACCUGGAUGAUUCCUCCUCCAGAGAUUCCCAGGAACUUGUUCUUCACAGUCAUCUGGAUGAAGAUACACAGACAGCUAAAAAAGAUUGCCUGGAAGUACAAAACCAGGAACUCAGCCUUCAAGAGAACCAUCUGCCCCCAAAAUCACCAAGUGAGUGUGGCUUGGCCAACGAGGAGCUGGCAGAGAAGGAGAGGAGGAGGAUGAAGGACUGCUUUGAGCGUUACCGAAGAAAAAGAGCAAUGAGGAGGGCGCCCAAAGACCGGCACCAUGAGGCGGAUUGGGAGAACACCUCUGGCAGCGACAACACCGACACCGAGGGCUCCUGAGAGAGGGACAGCACCCAAAUCCCUUGGAAAGGGACACACGGACACCACAGGCUCCUCAGGAGCCAAUCUCUGAGGGAAACACCAGCUUCUGCACGGUGCCUCAGUUUCACUCACAACGGACUCUUUAGAUUCUAAAGCCAUCCAAACACCCAUUAAUGAAAAGUGCUGCAGUGACACUUUUGUAUGGCUCUGACGGCUCCUCGGUCAAUAAAC